UUAAAAAAUACGUAUAUGAAUAAAGAAAGACGUAGCUGUGUCUGACAUGAAAAUUGAAGUAGUGAGUAGGCCAACGUUCAAGAUUCAUGAAGAAGAGGUAAAAUAAAAACUUACGAAUAAGUCUUUUCAUAAUUUUAAAAUGAAGAUUUCAAUAGCAACUGCAGUCAACUAAACUCAAACCUCUGAACUUCAAGCUCUGAUCAUGGAGAUCAAAAUAACUACUACUGCUUCUUCCAUUUCCUCUUUCGUUUGAUUGAUCCAACACUCAAAUGGAGGACAAACGAGCAAUCUUAAUCUCCAUCUCCAUAAUCCUGCUCCUCAUAACCUCCAUCAUCAUCGCUCGAGUCUCCCUCAAACUCUCCGAGACCUUCUAUCUCAUCUGCGGCGCCGCCGUCGCCGCCAUUUUCGCCGUCGCCGUGAUCGUCGUUAUCCGGAUUCGCUACAACAGCCGCCGCAAGCAGCUCGAGCACCAGAUCGAUUUCCAGGGGCGCGAGCUGCGGAUUGAGUACAGCUUCCUCCGCAAAGUCGCCGGCGUCCCCACCAAGUUCCGGCACCGCGAGCUGGAGGAGGCGACGGACGGCUUCCGCGCGCUGCUCGGCCGCGGCGGAUCCGGCUCCGUCUACAAAGGCAUACUCAGCGACGGCACUGCCGUCGCCGUCAAGCGGAUCGAAGGCGAGGAGCGCGCCGAGAAGGCGUUCAAAUCCGAGGUUGCCGCCAUCGCCAGCGUGCAGCACGUGAACCUAGCACGCCUCCUCGGCUACUGCAUUGCAUCGGGCGGCGGACCUCGUUUCCUUGUGUACGAAUUCGUAUUCAACGGAUCGUUAGACAAUUGGAUUUUCCCCAAAAUUAGGGCGAAUCAGAGAAGCGGCUGCUUGACCUGGGAUCUGAGAUGCAGAGUUGCGUUAGAUGUGGCAAAAGCCCUAUCCUAUCUGCACCACGAUUGCCGAUCAUGCGUGCUGCAUUUGGAUGUUAAGCCGGAAAAUAUAUUGCUCGACGAGAAUUACCGCGCCCUAGUUUCCGAUUUCGGACUGUCUAAGCUCAAGGGGAGGGAGGAGAGCCUAGUGGUGACGACGAUACGCGGCACGAGAGGGUACUUGGCGCCGGAAUGGCUGUUGGAAAACGGUGUAUCAGAAAAAUGUGAUGUUUACAGUUAUGGAAUGGUGUUGUUGGAGAUGAUUGGUGGAAGGAGGUGCAUAAGUAUUCUUGAGAAGGGGCAUCACUCGAAAAAGAAGUUUCAGUUCUUUCCGAGAAUUGUGGUUGACAAGUUGAAGGAAGGGAAGUUGAUGGAGAUUGUGGAUGAUAGGUUGAUGGAGGGCGGAGGUGGGGGUGUGGAUGAGAGGGAGUUGAGGCGGAUGGUCGGGGUGGCGCUCUGGUGCAUACAGGAGAAGGCCAGGAUGAGGCCGACCAUGGCCGAGGUGGUGGAGAUGCUCGAGGGCCGGAGGCCGGUCGAGGACGCCCCCGACACGCAGAUGCUCGUCGUCGACCUCUUGUCCAUUGAUGAAGACGACGACGAUGAUGCUCAAGGCCGUCGAAAGCAUCGCCAGCCUCGAGCCAUGAUGGUGGAUCGCGAUAAUCCAUCGUCGUCGGCUUACUCCAUGGCCUUCUCCACGCUGUCUGGGCGUUGAGAGCUACACCAAUUUUGUCAUUUCUUCUUGCGACAAAGAUUGCUUCUAGAAUACAAAAAUCAUACAUUUGAGCUUCAUAUUUUCAAUUUAUUCAAUUGUGGUACAACUUUAUGGGAACGCUAUGACUAUUGUAGUGUGAGUGUCCCAUAAUUUAUUUCUUUUUUCUUUUUUCUUCUUUACCAACUGAGCUAAUGAGCCCGCUAUAGUCAGAUUAUGCCAUAUUUCACAAAAAAAAUGAAUAGGAAAACCAUCAACUGUGAAAAUGGGGUGUAUUACAUCUUUGGUUACUUUCACACCAACUCUUUAGUCAAAUUUAAAAUACACAAGUCAUCAUCUCAACUACGGUGCUAUACAGAAAUGAUGACAAACAAAAAAGAUAUACAAAAUUUGUACCUGCACACAUUGAUGAAAUGUUGAGAAUGUGUGAGGGAAGUGAUGGAAAGAGAUCGGAACUGUACAUUUUGCUAUACAAGGAAAAAAUGAAUACAAAAUGCCUUCCCCAUCACUUUUGUCAGCAUUAAUCUCGUGGUGUUUCUACCCUUGGCUUCCAUUUGAAUCAGUGAUAGGGGACUUCGGUUGAGUAGAGUGUGAUGGAGGUGCUGUUAGUGCGUACGUAAGCCUAGACGACGAACUCUCGAUGAGACCAGCAACUCCGGCAGGUGAAGUUUGAGCAUUUGAAGGGAGAAAAAGAUCGUGCCUCUGAUCUUUAUAGGCAUUCCAUAC